AUGUCUGCCAGCGCUGAUGGCGGCCAGCCCGUUGUCACGGUGCGGCAGUUCCGCCUUCGCGGCGGUCACGACACCGACAACAGCGACAGCGAGGAGGGAAAAGGCGGGGCGGUCUCGAGGUUGCGUGGUGGCGCGAGUGCAGCUGCGACGGCGGGGACUCGUCCUACGGAUGCGCCGCAGACGACGUCGUUGCCGACCGCUGCGGCCGCUGCCCCCGCAUCACUGCCUCCACGGGCGGGGUCCUUGAGCUCGCUGGAGCUGUUCACAUCAUCCUCGUCAAGGUCCUCGUCACCUGCUUGCUCUGAGCUGCCCUCAGGCUUCAUGACGUCAACAGCCGCCGCUGCCGCCACCCCCGCGCCAAACGACCUGUGGGGUGGGAAGCUGAGUGGCAGCAGUAGCAAUAACGGCAGGGUCAGCGACACUUAUCAACGGGGCCACCGCAUAGGCAAUCACGAGCGCGGCGACGGCGACACUACGCAGACGAGACAGCAACUGCGGGGUACUGGCUCGCCUGUGGGGGCAUUGAUGACCUCGGCGAGGAUGCGUUCAGCGGUGGAAGAGGAAAGGCAGACCGUGCCAGGCAAAGCGCUUGCUGGUGAUGCUGCUGUGGUGGUAGAGGUGUCCUCAAUGCCAUCGCCGACCGCCUCCGCCUCACUGGCACUUCGCACGGGUGCGGUGCAGCCGCGAUCGGCCGUGGCAGGCUUCUUCAAAGGAAAAGAGGCGUCGGCACCCACAGCGAUCGAGGGCGUCGCCUUUGCCACCUCUUCCACCUCUUUCUCGGCUGACUCUGCAGGCGGGAUGUCGCGGCCUGCGGCAUCGGCCACCGCCACGGCCGUGCCGAGUUCUCCGGCCCCGCCAACUGCAACCGGCAUGGGGCCAAUCCGAACUGAUGCUGUCCCCACUGUCGAGGCCACCGUUGCCUCGGUUUACACGGGCGGUCCCAGUGGAGUGAUACAAGAGUCUUUCCAGGCGAGUGCUGGUUCCGUGGCGUCACCGACGGGGGCCCGCAAGGCUUCUCUGGCGGCGCGGAGCUCGUCGUCUUCCUUGGAUGGUGAUCCUGUUCCUCUGGCACCCGUGCAGGUUGCCAGUCCGACCAGCACCGGACUCCCUUCCGGUGGCGUGGCCACUGCCACACUGGGUCUUUCCACACGCAAACUCACCGUGCCGUUCACCACCGCGGCGGGGGUGGACACGUCACCAUCUUCCUCGUUUCCGCGGCAACCCCUACCAUCUACCACGCGGCCGUCUACUGCUGCCGCUGCUUCUGCUGGUGCUGGGCGGACUGCGAUUCCAGCCGCAGCCUCCACUGCCGCGUCAUCCGCCUUCACAGCAGUGCCCGACGGCAGAAGCAGCGCUUUGGGUAGUGGCAGCCCUGUGCUGUUCGGCCCGGGCAGCGUUGUGUACAAUCGUGUGAGCGCGAAAGGUUGCGGCUCCGUGCCGUCCAGCGUACUCGAGGUCCCGUCGCGGCCCAAGUGGUGCGCCCCGCCGGGCGAGUACACGGCAUCCCCCUCCCCUCCCGCUGCGGCGGCACAGUCAGCGGCUAUCUCAGCAGCGCCUCCCCCAUUACCUGGGCCCGUUGUCUCGACGCGGGCUGCCCACGCAGCGGAGCCGACGCCAGCGGCGGCGCGUACAAGCGCGUUCUCCACGUCGCAGCCGUUUUUAGACCUGCUUACUCGACCGCACCGGCAAGCGCCCCAGCUGCCCGGAGCGACGCACACGCCUGCUGUCCUCUCACUCAUUGAAGACGAUGGGCGGCCACGGUGUAGCUCCCCCCCGGUCUCGAGUGCCCCGUCAACAGAGGGGAACACGGCAGAGACAGGGCAACCAAAGACCGUGCGUGCGCAGGGCCGCGGCCCCCCGUCGUCGCUCAUUGCGUCACCACCUUCGCCACCCACACGACAUGCCGCUUCUUCCGCGGAGGGCGCGACGUCGCCUCUCCUGUCGCAGUCUGCCGCCGUGACUGCAGCUCAGCGGCAGCGGGAGGCGGCUGUGGUGAUCUACGAUGAUCGCGUGCCGCCGGCAAAGCGGCGGGCGAAGCGCCAGGCGCGGCCCAUGACGGGCCAAACAGUCGCGAUUGCCCCCACAGACCCGAUGUCGGUGUGUGUGCUGCGCGGACUGCGGACGGGCGCCCCGCAGGAUGGAAACAGGGAAGACCCACUGACGUGUCGUCCCAUCUUGCGCAUUGGUGGUGGUGGUGCUGGAUGGCGCAGGAAUCCUGUCGAUUGGUUUUCCGAAAGGCCCCCGCUCGAUGGCAGAGCCGUCGAAGCUGACGGUUGUGAAGGUGUAGACGGCAGCGACAACGGUACUCGCGGUAGGCUUGAUCACUCCACUGCAUUACACGGCUUCUCCGGUAUACCCACUGGGUACGACCAAUAUCCCGGGCGAAGACCCGGCGAGGAUCGAUCAGCGAAGUUGACGAUGCGUUCCGCAAGCAAAUACACUGUGCAGCGACUCUUUAAUGAGCCUCAGCCGCAGCACAAGGCGUGCGUCGACUCCUACAUCUCCGGCACCGGUAACGGUGAAUCAGUGCCAUGUGUAGUGAUGCACCUCGGACAGCAGGGCGCGCAGACAGCGAGUGACGUUACAGCCACUCACGGAGACGUCAGUAGCGCGGGACUGUCGUCCGCAAAGUUCUCACCUGCUGCGGCAUCGACACGGACCGCGGUGUCGCUUCUCACCGAUGAGUCCGUGAAUGUCGACUUGCUCAACUACUGCCGCUCUCGAAGAAAGCAGCAGCAGCAGCAGCACCGAUGA